UUUAAAACCAUCUCUUUUUCUAAAUAUUUAUCUCAAAUAAAAUUAUGGAAAAUACUCAUUUCGAAUUUAACUCAAAUAACGUUGUUGGUACCGUUACUAUCAAUGGUACAGUACCACUUAUAAUUAUAUUUUUCAACGUUUGCGUUGUAUCAAGAGUUUGUGCAGUUAAAAUAACCAGCAAUUCUUCAGCCAUUUUGAGAUAUAAAAUUGAGAAAAUAUAUUUACCUAAUUAUUUAUUAAUAGCUCACGAAGGGUAAACGACAAGAUUAGUUAAAGGAAGUGAGAAAAAAAAGAUUUGUAACCAGUUACCAUCAGGAGAUGUGAUACUAGAAGUAUCGGUAUUCGGUACCUUCAACUUCGUUAACCAAAAGAGAUUUCAGCCGCGGCCCCUACCGAAAUUCUUCUACAGUUCCAUUGCUUUAUCUAGCUCAAUUAUUUGAUAAAGCAACUAGAUUAGUGUGAUUAUACAAAAUGGUAAAGGCAAAAAUGGCAAAGACAAAGGGAAUAAUCUAUGAUAAAAUAUUGGAAUUUUCCGUUCUCUGGAAAAAAAGAUCUCAAGAAACCAAUG